AUGCGCUUCACAGUCCUCUCUUUGCUUCCCUUGUCGCUCGCAGCACCAGCUGCUUUCCACAGCGCAGCCACAAAACCCAUCUACUGGCUGCUAGCCGGCGACUCAACGACAGCCACCAACGGCGGCUGGGGCGACGCGUUUCUCUCCACGACGGUUGCGCCAGGCUCAUCUGGCACCAACUACGGGCACAGCGGCGCAACAACCGCCUCGUUCCGCGCUGGAGGCGACUGGGCCAGAGUCCUCGCCGACAUAUCCACGUACAAAUCCGACUACAGAGUCUACGUCACAAUCCAGUUCGGCCACAACGACCAAAAAGCAACGUCAGGCGUCUCGCCCGCACAGUACCACGAUAACCUUGCGGUUUUCGUAGAGCAAGUCAAAACCUCGGGUGCGACACCCAUCCUCGUUACGCCACUUACACGCCGCACGUUCAACACGACGACCAACCGCGUCAUUGAGAAUCUUUCUCGAGAAACCAGUCUGACCGUUGACGUCGCUACGGCCAACAACGUGCACUACAUCGACCUGAACAAGGCGUCAACGGACUACAUCAAUGCGAUUGGGCAGGCGGGCGCUGAUACGUAUAAUUUCGGGGAGGGCGAGUCGACGACGAAAGAUCGCACGCAUUUGAAUCCCUGGGGUGGCGUCGUGUUUGCGCGUAUAGUAAGUGAUUUGUUGGUGGAUAAGUAUGCUGGUGAGUUUGCGGAGUGGACGGUGAAAAAUGAGACGUUGAGUCGGUUGAUCAAGGAUGGAAAGCUUGCGUAGCCUAGUGUCUUAGAUCAAGCUUGAAGCAAAAAGAGGCGCACAAGGAAAUAAAAUUUCUGGUGUUCAAGUCGU